ACCUAUACACAUACGGAAGAGGUCUAUCUGAAACUACAGCUUGUGGUCUUUACAGUGUCAUUAUAUGGCUAUGAUGAUCUUCCUAAAAACGUGACCGAGAUCCAUCUGGAGUAUUUUGAGGAGGCGAUUCAGUUCUUGUUUGAUUUUAUUUCCUUAUUAACUUUCUGGUAUUACUUUACGUUACAGCACGGGAUAAAGGGGUAACAACGUGGUAAUAAGGGUAAAAUUUGUUAUAAUUGCUUACAGCUUCUCAUAGCCAUAUAAUUAGCCUAUUCAUUAAUUUGUAUUAACUUCAAUAUUACUUCAAUUCACUCCUCUAUUUCAUGGAAAUAGUUCUCUACUGUAAUAUGAAGUACUACCAGAAUGUCUUAAAGUCGGUGCUUUAUUUGCUGUCUCUUUUUCUUCUAAGGUUAGCGGCUCUGGAUGAGGUUUAUUAUCACUGUCCAAAAGUGGGGAUCUUGUACCUUCCAUUGCCACUUUUCUGCCAAUGCCAUGAUUCCUCUUCACUACAAAGGCACAGUCAUACCUCCCCUUAUGUUUGAUACAAAAAUAGUCUUUGUUACCAAGUCAGGGACCUUAAAUGUGAAAUAUGUUAUUAAUGACCCCAUGGCAGAGGAGAAUCACGCAACGCUCAUCCCAAUUGAGAGAGCCAAUGGAAUGUUUCUCUUUGUUGCUGCAGAGGAUGACCAAAACUGGGACAGUUGUUAUAUUGCAGAUCAGGCAAUGGAACAACUAAAGCGUCAUGGGAAGGAUAAUUACGAGUCAGUAUUUUACCCUGGGGCAGGACACUACUUGGAGACACCCUACAUGCCCUUCUGCCUGUCCAGUAUUCAUGGUGUUAUCAGAAACCCUGUUGUGUGGGGAGGUGAGCCCAGGUCCCACGCAGCAGCAGAGGUCUACCUUUGGAGGAGGAUUCAGGAGUUCUAUAGAAUUAACCUGGCGAACAAUAGCAACUUGAGUGAAGCAAAGUUAUAA